CAGCAGCAGGGAUGCACCAUGUGCAGAUCAAAGGGGAGGAGGGGAAGAGGGGGGGACAACUCGGAUGACUUUACUCCUCCUCCCCAAAUCUCAGCAGCUGGCUCCCCACCUUGCAGUGGGAUCAGAGGCAUCAGGGCGAGGGUGGUGCAUGCAGGCUCUUGGUGCAGUGCCCCUGGCUCAUUGCAGGGCACAGAUUGUACCAUCUGCGCUGGCUCCCCUCCCCAUGCACUGCGGAGAAUCUUUGCACAGCAAUAGCAGCCAGAUAAUAACAAUAUUAUUAGAGCCUAGGAGCAAUAUAUUAUAGACACAUUAAAAAACCCCACCAUGUCGGUUGCCUUUGCUUCUGCUCGCCCGAGAGGCAAAGGGGAGGUCACCCAGCAAACUAUCCAGAAGAUGCUAGAUGAAAAUCACCACUUAAUACAGUGUAUUAUGGACUAUCAGAGCAAAGGCAAAACAGCAGAAUGUACUCAAUACCAACAAAUCUUGCACAGAAACCUGGUUUACUUGGCAACAAUAGCAGACUCUAACCAGAAUAUGCAGUCCCUGCUUCCUGCACCACCAACGCAAAACAUGAAUUUGGGCCCAGGAGGAAUGACUCAGAGUGCAUCCAACCAAUCUCUCCAUUCACAGAGCAAUCUCAGUGAUGCAAUUGGGACAGGCCUUCCUCCUUCCUCCCUCAUGCAGAGUCAGAUUAGCAAUGGUCCUAAUCAUGUGUCUAUGCAGCAGUCAGGCCAGAAUACGAUGCCCACAACCUCUCUGAGUAUGACUGUGAGCAGCCAUGGAACUGGGCCUGGUUAUAGCCAUACAGUGCCUGCAUCUCAGAACGUGCCAAUGCAAGGCCAGGGGUCAAUAGGCAAUUACGUCUCUCGAACAAAUAUCAGCAUGCAGUCUAACCCAGUCUCCAUGAUGCACCAGCAAGCGGCAACAUCCCACUACAACUCGGCACAAGGCGGGAGCCAGCAUUACCAAGGACAGUCCUCCAUUGCCAUGAUGAGUCAGAGCAAUCAAGGCAACAGCAUGAUGGGUCAGCGACCCAUGGGCCCUUACAGACCUUCUCAGCAAGGUUCCUCUCAGCAGUACAUGGGGCAGGAGGAGUAUUACAGUGAACAGUACAGCCAUGGACAAGGCUCAUCAGAGCCCAUGAACCAGCAAUAUUAUCCAGAUGGUCAUGGUGAUUAUGCAUAUCAGCAGUCAUCCUAUACCGAGCAGAGCUAUGACAGGUCAUUUGAGGACUCCACACAGCAUUACUAUGAAGGAGGUGAGAAGAUAUAUUUGCAAUCUAUGCAAACAAAAGCUCUAAGCUACAUAAAGUACUAA